AUGAGGGCAGCCGCCAAGACGCUCGCACAUGCAUUUACUAGCUCGCGUUGGGUCGCCAAGCGCUCACAACGCGUGCACAACAUAGUCCGGGCGACUUCAUCGACGACCGCCCCUUCACCCCUUCUUCGUCGAAACCCACGCGAAAGACCAGCCGAUGGACCUACAUACAGCUUCGACCUCGGUUCUGCAAGGGUCGCGCAGCUCCGCUUCCUCGCUUUUCACGGCUGCGGUACGAGGUAUACGGUGCUGUAUCGCGAAUGCGACAAAGUCGAGGAGCAACCGAAGGGUGGUGUCGGGCGAAGAGGGCGGAACCGUGCGGCGAAAGAGGUGAGCGACGACAUCGGCUUUGACGCCGGUGAACUCGAGUCCACGGGAGAGGGAGAUGGGCCGGGUUGGCGUGUGCGCCUCGCGAACUCGCAAGAAAUCACUCUUAAUGCGCUCAAGGAGAUAACACCUCGAGAUAUGGCCCUCGCGGCGCUCUUCGAUGACGACCUUGGCGAUGCGCGUCUAUACCGAAGAGGCGAGGAAAGAUGGCUCGCAUCGACGGCUGCACCAAAGUGGCCAGAAGAACUCCUCGCCUCCCUGGACGAGCGCGGCGUAGGCGUGCACGGUGCUAACGCGGUGACAUGCGUGGACGGGUCGUACUUCCUGGAGCUCAUGGAGCUGAGCGCGUUCCCCACACCGGUGAUUUUCCCCCACGGGGCAUGGCGGCUCCCGGGUGUCGGUCCAACUGUCCAAGGCAACUUCCGAAACCUUGCCUCAGCCGCCAUCGGAGUGGACGCGAUAGACGCUCUCAGUGCGAUCGUAAAUAACGGUGCGGGACCCGACGCGAUCGGUCGACUCACUGGCGAGCUGCCGGGCAGGGGACGCAUCCAGCUUGGGGUAGAUGGGGGAAGAGCAGGCGUUGGGUCUGCGCAUGCCGCGGUUACGGAAAAUGAGGUCACCGUGACAUUCGCUGAGGGGUCCCUGGGUCUCGGCUUCGCUCCUUUGGACUGGGAGCGACAGUUUGGUGCGCAAGUGUGGGAUGUCGAUGAUGAUUCGGCCGCAGCGGAGGCUGGCGUGGUGCCUGGCAUGGUGUUCACGCACAUCCGAGGAGAAAGCGUGGAUGGUUGGACAUUCAGUGAGAUCGACAGAGAAUUUGACGGGCCGAGGCCGCUGGAAGUAAAGUUCAACACCAAAGUGCCCGGAGCGGAGAGGCUUUACGCGGUGGAGAUGAUCGCGGAGGAGGUGACCGAGGCGUUGUUACGGCGGAAAGAUCCGGAGAUGGAAACUUUCGAUUUCGAGGAGCCUGGAGCUGUGUUUGAGGAAUCGACCGCUGCCGUUAUUUGGCGGGAGGAACCUUCCACGAUAUUUUUCGGUGACGCCGGGUCCACCACCGUGGUUCACCACGACAUCAUUGGUCAGGUCGAGCUCUGUCACGUGCUCUCGGGAUCCAAACUUCUGGCUGCUGCACCAUGGGGAAAAUCGAGUGAGGAGCUGUUGCGCAAGGCAGGCGCACGGGGUUUGUUGUCAGAUGGUAAAGACGAUGGCGAAGCAGAGGAAGGCGUUGUUUUGAGCGCACCGGUGCAUAGGUCUCUCACCUCUGAUGAGAUUGCGCUCUUGAAGCACGAUGAUCUCGCCGUGGUACUCGCAAGGCCGGGUGACUGCGUCGCUUUCUCAUCCAUUUGUGCGCACUUUGCGACAAACGGAGCAAACGAGCCUUGCGCAGCUGUCUUCCAUGGCAUCUUAACCCCAGCUUCUACGCACGUGCUCGCGUCGCAUCCAGAGCGACUCGAUCCUUUUUCAGACGAGGAGAUUGACGAGGAUGGCUUCGACGGGCACCUGACGGGUAGAGCCGUGCUUGAGGAGCUUAUUCCAGCCGGCAAGGAUGUCAUCACCGAUUAUUCCGCGGUGGACAAGAUUGACAGCGCGAUGGCAAAGGAGAGCGGGGAGAAGGGAUGGAGGAUGAACCGAAAGAUGCGGGGGAAGGCUGGUGAUGCGGCGGUGAAGCGAAGGUUUGCCGAGGCUGUCCUGAACAUGGAUUCAGCUCGUGAUGUGAGCAAAGCUCCAAAAAUGUGGACCGGCACUUCCAGGACUGUCUUCUAUGUAGAACCUGUUAUCAAAUAG